GGAUUGUGGAUGCCUCGAAGCCUUUGGACAAGGGGAAAGUCUCCUGCAGGAUCCCGGCUGCCUCGAGGAGUUGGAAGAUCGGUUGCACUUUUACGUUGAAGAGUGCGAUUAUCUGCAGGGGUUUCAAGUCCUCUGCGACCUGCACAGCGGAUUCUCCGGAGUUGGUGCCAAGGUGACAGAACUGCUCUGCGAUGAGUACUCGGGGAAAGGAAUCUUGACCUGGGGCUUGACUCCGACCACGACUGACGCAGGAGCAUCCCUCAACUACCACAGCAGCGCAAUUUUGGCAGCGGCGCUCGACACCCUUACCGCUCCGUACCGGCUCAGCUCCUCUCAGGGCUCGAUGAUGCAUCUCGCUGAAACCCUCAACUUCUCCGGGCGGAAGGUUGUGGCUGCGUGGGCUUCCAUCCCAUUCCCGGCCCGACGACGUGCCUACUCGCUCCCCGAUACUUUACGCUCCUACCAGCACGACGCGCCCUGGGAGCUCCUGUCUCCGUGUAGGAAGCACAAGGUCAGCUGCUGUUUUGCUCAGUCUGUUGUGCUACGAGGAAUUUGCAAAGAAAGCCCCAUCAGCAGCCGCCCGGGGAAGCCGCCCGCGUCGCCGCUGCACGCCUGCGAGAGCGCCGAGGAGGUGCUGCAGCGCUACCUGCACACCGUGUUUCCUGGGGCACUCAGCACAGCCCACGUGCUCGAGCAGCCCUGUGACACGCUGCCUCCGUACCCCCAGUUUUUCUCUCCUCUUCUGACCAGACAAGGUUUCCUCCUGGACAAACCUCCCAGUUAUUCCUCAGCAGCUGUGGAAAGCAUCCCGGUCCUGGCAGCCCUGCAGUCGUCCCCGGUUGUGCGCACGCUCCUCCGCGGCUUGUACCAAGACCUACAGAAGCUGAACCCGGGGCGCUGGGCCAGCUUCUUCGCCGCCGGCGUUGAGCAGGAGGAGUUCCGGGAGGCCCUGGAGGAGCUCAGGACUCUGGCCCAGUGCUACGAAGCGGGGUUUGAAGCAGACGAGUCUGACGACGAAGCAGAUUCAGACUAA